AUGCACUUCACCAUCAUCCUUCUCGCAGCGCUCCUAGGAGUCGCCCUCUCUGGGCCCAUCCCAUGGGAGGGAAACAGCGACCGUGGGGUCUACAGGCGUGAACCCGAGGCCGAGGCAUGGCACCCAAGGCCCGGCCCCGCCAUGGCAAUCUGGCAAAAGCGCGAUACGGAGCCCUCCCCGAAGGCCGAAGCCUGGGCCCCAAGGUGAGCUUCUUGACGCCUCGAGUGAUAAAUCGAGAUUGAGUUCAACCCGCUAAUUCGCGGUGCUCGCUAUAGGCCCGGCCGUGGAGCAUAUAGGCGUAAUGCUGUGGCCUGGGCCCCAAGGUGAGCUUCUUGACGCCUCGAGUGAUAAAUCAUGUUUGAGCUUCAGCCAGCUAACUUACUUACUAUAGGCCUGGCCGUGGUGCGUACAGACGAUCUGCUGAGGCCUGGCAUCCAAGGUAUUUUCCCCUUCUAUCUCUCCCCCUUCUACCGUGGACUAUCGGCUGACACUACGCACGACAGAGCUGGCCCACCUGCCUACUCGAUUUCCAAACGUGAGGCAGAGCCGGAGCCAAUUCGCUUUCAGCCGAUUGGAAACUUCGAUAAGGAAUAAUCUUCUUCGUAUGCCCCCUCUGCCUGUUCUUCCUCCUCCUCCCCAUAUGAAAUAUGUUAACUAACUACUGUCUUCCCCAGAACAACUCCCCCAGCCAAAGCAGAAACCGACAAACAACCACAAAACAUCACUAUCCAGACUAUUUCGUGUUUAUUUUUUUUAUCCUUAUUAUGAUAUUAUACCACGACUAGGCUUCCCUAGUACGUACCGUACCUGUAACGGGAAAUCCGGCAGAUUCGGAGGCCUAUCGGAUUUCUCACGCCCAUUUAUUAUUUAUCAACCUAUUUUUUAUAUUUUUUAUUUUCACCUAUCAACACGUGACGAAAAACGAUGACAGAUACGAUAUGGGAAUCUACCUACCUUGCCAAAAAAAAAGAGAAAAGAGAACAAACCCCCCCCCGAAAACUAUGCAGUGAGAGUUUCUCCCAUUCAUACUACCCCCACUCUCACGUCUUUUUUCUUUUUUUUUUCUUUUUCUUUUGUUCUUCCCUUUAUAUCUUUCUCCCUCUCACACAAGCUUAAACCCCUUCGAAAUGCCCUUCGAAAUGGAAAUCCAUAUCUCUCCUGCACCCUUUGUAGCCAGCUGCUUUACUUUCCUUUACCCUUACUUUACCUUGGCCUUUUUACUUGCCUUUUCUUCUCUUCUCUUCUCUACUACGCAAGACGCUCUGGCCUGGACACCCAGACGCCUUACCUGUUUCUUGGAGGACGGACGGACGGACGGAUGAACGGACAGAUGAAUGAAUAGAUAGACGGACGGGAGCCUUACCUCGAUACUGAAUUCACAAAUUUAGUUACGCGUGCCCCUUUGCAUGAUGGGAAGAAAGGGGCCAUCGUAACCUACCUU